CACAGAUAAAAGAAAAAGUAAAAAAACACAAAACAGCUGUAAUCACCGUAAAUAAACCAUUAAUUUGUUUGUUUAAUUCCUGAAAAUGUAUACAGUUACAGGUUCUAAUUUAUUCGGACAAUGGCUUGAAGAAGACCGUAUAAUCCCAGAAUUCCGACUACUCAAAGGUAACAACAUAAGUGAAUCCAACUCAAACGCUAAAUUAUGCGAAAUAAAUUGGUCAUAUAACAUCUAUAGAAAUGGUAGUGCGUUUUAUUUGACCGGUGACUGGAACGGCCAACAAAAUCAAUUAGUACGAAGGGUGGAAUUGCCCGAAGAUUGCAAUACUACGGAUGCUGAAUCCAAUCUGGCACUGGUUGGCAACGACUACAGUCUCAUACUGGUGGAUAAACGGACUAACACUUUGUGGUUUAUUGAUUUAGAAGAUAACAGCAUCAAGAAAGUGAAUUUAAAUGUAGAGGCUCCAUUAGAAAACAGUUCGAAGAGGGCACGUCGGGAAAGUCAAAUACUUCAGGUAGUAACGACGAAUAUUUCUGUUUUGAUUCUUACCACUGAUGGAAGAGUGUACAGCGGCGUUAUGCCGAGCCUCCUGGAUACAAGUCACUGUAUGGGAAAAGUUGUGGAUGUCCAGUGUGGCUAUGAACAUUAUAUGCUGCUUACAGAUGCAGGCAGAGUUUACACUUGGGGAAAUGGAAGGAGACUGCAACUGGGCCAUGGUGAUUUAGACAACCUGGAUGUACCCACUGAAGUUGAAGCUUUAGCGGGCAUUGAGAUAACAAAAAUUAGAGCUGGUGGCUGGCAUUGCUUUGCAUUGAGUGAGUUUGGAGACUUAUACACCUGGGGCUGGAAUGACACUGGCCAGUUGGGGGUCAAACAUGCUAAUUCUAAAGGAGUUAUGAACAAAGAAGGCUUAAAAAGCUAUCCUCUCCCAACAUUAGUUGAUGUACUGGAUGAGAAUGAUGAAGAAAUCCACUUGGAUAUCAAAGACGUGGGCUGUGGGUCCAGACACUCAGUAGUGAUGCUAGAGGACAACUCGCUCUGGACUUCUGGGCACAACAAUUAUGGACAACUGGGAUUUUCGCCAGAUGAUCAUCAGAAAUUGCACCAUCUCACAAAAGCAUUCCAAUGUGAAAAUGACACAGAGAUUCAAUGUGGCCCUUGGUCAACUGUGUUAGUCAAUACAAGUCGUGCAAUGUGGCAAUGAAGUAGAUUUUCAUGCUAUGUAAAACCUACCUACCUAUUUAGUUAUAAGUACAAUGUAGCUAUUAGACAUAUAAAUAAAUG